AUGACCGUCCCCUCGCGACAGGACACUCUUCAUGAUCUGGUCUUUCUUCCUCGGGACAUUUUCUGGCUGGUAGUGGGCUAUCUGCCCCUCAAGGAUGUUGUUCGCUGCCGUCGUGUCUCACAAGCCUGGAACGAGGCAUUCGGCAACCCCGCCGUCCUGAGUCCAUUGCUAAAAUGGCACUUCCCAUGGACACAGGAAGCGAAAGAUCUCAAAGCAAGCUCUGAUCCCUCUGAUACUUCUUCUGUACUGGACCCAAGUGGAUCAACAAUCCGUCGUGCCUUCGACCAAGUGGUUGCGCGGUAUGACCAUAUUGAACGGGGAACGCCCCGCUCCGUGCAAAGAUAUCCUCUGUGCGACGAUUUUGGUCGCUCAGGGGACCCGGAAUGGUUCCAGGUGCAGUCGUGGGCGUCGCACGCCAGCCAUCCUCGGCUCGACGUGGACCGACAGUUCUCCGAGUCAAUGUGGACAUACGAGGAUGGGCUAGUGGUCUUCCCCAGUGCCGCUCAUCAAUGUCUAGUGCUAUUGGACCUGAAUAGCGACAGACAGUUUAUGGUACCGUUUGUAGUUCAGGGCAAAGUGACCCGCAGAGUUCGCCUGCAGCAGCGAGUGCUGGUGGUGGAAUGGGCGGAGCUCAAAGCCUUCCACUGGCUCAAUGAAAGUGAUAGCGUACAUCGGCACUAUGCCUCGUCAUUCGAUGUGACGCCGAAGAGUGACAAUGGCUGGAGCAUCACCCCCCGUAACGAAUGGAAGAUUAUGUUCCUAGGUCACCCAUUAAGCGAACGAGACCGGUUCUUCUCCGCACACACCCAGACACACUAUGUCAUCUACAUCUGGCAGCCAAACCGCAGUUUGUAUACCGCGGAUGAAGAUGCACCCAUAGAGUCCCUUUUUGUCUGGGACUUCUCCAAGACCUCUUCUUACCGGCCAUUCUUGGACCCCACAGGCAGCGAAACAGGCCCGGAAGUCGAUCAGUCCCCGUCAAUCGUGGCCCGUUUCGGCUAUCGAGAGCUAGCAUUCUUUGACAUUCGACAACGGGGCUCUCCGUCAUUGCAACAUCUCGCUGUCACUACUGAUGGUCAAGCGAUAGAAGUCACUGAGAACACCUGUGAACGUAGGCAGGGUGCUCCUGAGACUCUCAUUACCAGUAUUCCACUGGAGGGAAAUGGGCCUCAUAACUUUUCUCGGCCUCAUUCAGUCCUACCAGUUUAUCGGAGUAACUGCAGCUUCCAGACGAUGUCCUCCGAUCUGGACGGGCCAGUGGAUCAAUUUAGCAUCCUCGCACAGGUGACGAACACAGAAGCAGAUCUUCGUUUCAUUCUCCACUUCGAUCACUCCAAGGUCGAAAUACAGGAUUGGAACACGCCCAGAGCUAGGGAUACCAUUAAUCUGACCAUUCAAACAUCGUUUGCACACCUCACUAUUGGAGCAUUAGAUUUCAGUGGGCGGGCAAAGAUAUGCGGCUCUGACAGAUACCUGAUGGGCGAGAAUUGCAAGCGUGAGCUUGUCAUUCACAGAUUUGAUCGAUAA